AUGCCAAGCCAAUUUUUGCACCAGCAGGCAUCUGGUGCUGUCGCUAAAGUGAGUGCCACUAAAGCAGCCAGGAGGUCACUAAAGCGACCAGGCGCUUAUCAUUACGGAGUCAAGUAUAAGACAUUGUUGACUAAUGAUGAAGCCUCUCCACUAGAGGAGAUUGUAACUGUUUCCGAGGUCCGCCAUGUUCUACCUGAUCAGCAAACUGAAACAAUGUUUGUGAAAAAUGACUUCCGUCUAUACGACAUGGUUGAUAUGUUUGCGAAUGAUGGCUGGUGGUUCUGGCUUAUCACUGGUAAAAUUGGGCAAAAGUACUAUGUCUAUUUUCCUACUAAUGGGGAUAACAUUGAAUAUCCUAGUGAUGUGUUGAGAUUUCAUCAAGAAUGGUCUCAUGGCGAGUGGAUAUAUCUUCUCAGGACAAGGGAAGAUUUUUGA